AUGUUAGUCUCAGAUUACUUCUCAAAACUGAGUGAUUUUUGGAAUGAAUUUGAUGCAAUUAUUCCUUGUCCUGGUUGUCCAUGCCCUGAAUCAAAGAAAUUUAUUAAGCACUUUGAGUACCAAAGACUCCUACAGUUUCUUAUGGAACUGAAUAAGUCAUAUUCACAAGCUAGGGGUCAGAUUCUCAUUAUGUCUUCCACUCCUAAUUUGAACAAAGAAAAUUCCUUAAUAGUUGAUCAGGAAAGUCAGAGGAACCUAGCUAGUGCUGCUCAUGUGAGUCUAGGAUCUGGCACUAUUGAAGGAACAACACUGUUUAGUCACAAAGGGAGUGGUAUUGGAGGUGGUGAUGUAGGUGGUAUUGGUCCAAGUGUAGGUGGUGUUGCAACAGGCAAUGGUCACUAUGGUAAUCAUUUUCACAAACCACAGAAGCAGUUUACAAUAUGUGAAAUGUGUGGUUAUAAAGGACAUACUAAGGAGAAAUGCUUUAAGAUAGUUGUCUAUCCACCAGGUUGGAAGACAAGAAGGAAGAACGGACCACAUGCUAAUCAAGUUGCACUCAAGCAGCCUAUAGCACACAUGGCUGCAAAUCCAGAUCUUUACACUGAACAGGUCAAGGGGAUUGGUAAAGAAGAAUGUGGAGUUUACAUACUAAGAGAAGGAGGGUCUCAUCAGACUCAAGUCCAAGUUCAACCAAUAAGGGAAGUUGUUAAUACUGCUAGUUCAGCUGAGUCUAGUUUUUUGUGGCAUAAGAGAUUAGGACAUGCUUCUGUUGAUAUAAUAAAGAGAGUUCCUACUUACAAUAAUAAAAGGUACUUUGUAACCAUUGUCGAUGAUUUCUCUAGAUAUACUUGGGUGUUCUUCAUAACUUCCAAGUCUAAUACUAUUGUAGUUCUGAGACAGUUUUUGACUCAAGUUAGAAAUGUGUUCUCUACCACUGUGAAAACUCUUAGAACUGAUAAUAGGGGAGAAUUCUUUAGUUCUGAAUGUCAAACUAUGCUUAAUGAAUAUGGGAUAAUACAUCAAUCAUCAUGUGUGUACACACCUCAGCAGAAUGACAUUGCUGAGAGGAAACACAAAACAAUACUUGACAUGGCAAGAGCCCUUAGGUUUCAGGAUUCUGUUCCUUUGAGGUUCUGGGCUUAUAUUGAACCUUGCUCAUUCAAAGAAGCAUCAGCUGAUCCUAAAUGGGUUCAAGCAAAGCAGCUAGAGAUUGCAGCUUUAGAAGACAACAAAACUUGGAGUUUAGUGGAUUUGGCUCCAGGAAAGAAGCCUGUUGGAUGCAGGUGGAUUUAUAAAGCUAAAUCCAAGUCUACUGGUGAGAUAGAGAGAUUCAAAUCUAGACUUGUUGCUAAAGGAUACAGUCAAAAGGAGGGCCUAGAUUAUGGAGAGACAUUCAGUCCUAUUGCCAAAAUGGUCACUAUCAGGUCAGUUGUUGCUAUAGCUGCUGCUAAACACUAG